GAGGCGCUUGCUGUAUCAAGCAACCGAACUGAACUUCAAAGGAAAUGGAAAGACCCAUUGCAAGAGGGUAAAUGGCAUUUCAAGACACCUAGCAGAGUUCUUUCCCGUAAAAAGUUUCAAGAUGUGGGGGAAAAGACGUUGGAAAAAUCCCUGAUACUUUACACUUCAUUCAGCAAAAAGCUGUUUCAAAAUCCUUUCAGCCAAAAGAUCAUCAAAGAAGCGUCAUCCACCACGUUUAUCACGGGAAUGGCUCAAGGAAAACUUCCCUUGAGCAACUAUAGGAACUUUCUUGAACAAGAUGCAGCGUAUUUCGAACAUGUAGCCGAUGUGUAUCGUCUCGCUGCAAUAAAAAUGGAAAUCCAAAAAAAAAAAGAUUAUGCUUAUUUUUAUUGGAAACAGUCCGCAAAAUUUUUCGAUCUUCACAAGCAAUUCAUCCAGAAAAAAGAUCUAUCAGAGAAAGGCCAGGUGGGUACAGCACUCAAAGCGUACAUGGAUUUCCUAAGUAACGUUAGUCCUGAACACCUCGCAUUAGCCAUGCUUUCAUGCAGUGUGCUGUAUCCUGAGUUGGCAAGGAUAAAAGUGCAAAAUCCAGAAGGCAACGUGUACGAGAAAGAUUUCUUUCAAGAAAACAGGCGUGAUGAUGAGAGCUCAACGGAAAAGUUUGUUGAUGAAAUCAUCAUUAAAGACAUCACCGAACCGAGAGCCCUUCCAAUUGUCUGGCGAGGAUUGAAACAUGAGCUGAAUCUCCUCCGAGAAGUAGGCGGCCAACCUGCUUUAUCCAUUCAACAGUUGUAAAACUUGUAUCUUGUAAAGCUGAUACCCUUAAUUCUUUAAUAAUUCAGCUUAAAGGAAACACCUUUGUAAAAAUGCUUAAAACGUGCUUGUUUAGUUUCAUUUGAAGCAAAGCAUGUGUGACUACCAUGGGCGCCUUCAGCAAUAAAUAGACAGUAUUUAAUUUAACGCGGCCUUAAUGAUGUAUUAUGUUGCAACAACUCAAGUACUAGUUGGUAGAGCCGGUUAAACUUGUAAAAAAAAUGACGAACGAAAACCUAUUAAAAAUUAAACUAAAUACGCUAAAACUAAAUACACCAAGGAAAUUACAACGAAAAUGACAAAACAAAGAUACCAAGACUCACCAAUUUGUUGCGAUGCUGAAAUAAUAAUGCUGACUUGCUGCCGAACGGCGAAAAGACUGCACAUAGUGCGAUACGAAGAAAUAUGAUAUGAGAUAUAAGCGCAAGUGAACUUACUAAGCAAAACUAACAACUACCAUGAAAACACGUUAAAUACUUGCUACGUUACGUAACAUUGUACGGCGCACGCAAACAUUUUUAAUGCAAUUAAGGUUGUUUGA